AUGGCAAGUCAGACUGACAAAAACGAUUAUGAUACUCUGCUUGAACUUUAUUCUAAGUUAAAAGAUGAAAAUGAACAACUCAAGAAUAGAGUUAAAGAAUUGGAAAACCAGCUCAUAUGUUCACAAUCAUUGACAAACGUGAAUUCAAAGCCGAUACAUGUACAUUCAAAUUUAGAUGUUAAAUCGGAAACAACUAAGUUAAGGAAUAAUAACACAUUGUCUUUAGAAGAGUACUUACGCUAUGGACGUCAGCUUAUUCUUCCUGGUUUUGGCAUUUCGGGUCAACUUAAACUUAAGAAUAAAUCAAUAUUAAUUGUUGGAGCUGGUGGUUUGGGUGCACCCGCAGCAAUAUAUCUUGCUGCAGCUGGUGUUGGCAAAUUGGGUAUCAUAGAUUAUGAUUCAGUGGAAUCAUCAAAUCUACAACGUCAAAUAAUUCACAAUGAGUCAAGAACUGUCAUUGAUGCGACUGAUAACGUCGCUACUCGCUAUCUUCUCAAUGAUGCAUGUGUUCUAACCGGCAAGCCUUUGGUGUCUGGUAGCGCUUUACGUAUGGAUGGACAAUUAACUGUGUACAAUUAUCGAGGAGGACCUUGUUAUCGAUGCUUAUUCCCAAAACCUCCACCACCGGAAAGCAUUCUAAACUGUGAUGAUGGUGGAGUUUUGGGUGUUGUGACAGGAGUGAUCGGAUGCUUACAAGCUUUACAAGCAAUAAAAAUUGCUGCUGAUAUGAAUGAUGACGGAACCUCUCAUAGCCUUUUGAUAUUCUCAGCUAACUCAAACCCCCUCUUUCGAUCCAUUAAAUUAAGAUCGAAAAAGCCUGAUUGUGUGAUAUGUAGUGAUCAUCCAACUAUAACAACAUUGCAAGAUUAUGUUCAGUUUUGUGGCAGCGGUGCAUUGGACAAGUCACCUUCAGUAAAAUUACUCGGUGAUGAUGAAAGGAUAGAUCCAAAGUCCUAUUAUGCUUUAAGAACCAAAUGCAUACCACAUGUCCUUGUUGAUGUGCGUGAGCCUGUUCAGUUUGAUAUUUGUAAUUUACCUGGCUCGCUGAAUAUCCCAUUGAAUGAACUUCCUAGAAAGGUGGAUUUGAUACAACAAUCUUUACCAUCAACGGCAGCACCAGUUUACAUAAUCUGUCGUAGGGGUAAUGACUCUCAACUCGCUGUUCAAACAUUAAAAAAGGUUUUACAAGGAGAAAUAAAGGAUGUUGUUGGAGGAUUAUACCGGUGGGCUAAGGAUGUCGAUCGUGAAUUUCCUAUAUACUGA